UAAUGGCCUGUGAGGAUUCCACAGAAUAUCUUACCGGAGAUUCUAAUAGUUCACCAGAAGUGACGCCUGAUACAGUGAACCCAUGCAAGCAGAACCGCACUGAGACGGGUAACAAAGACCCAGAUGCUCAAGAGAGCCUGAUUGAGGACACUGAUAUUAACACAGAGGAUACAGCCCAGUGUUCAGAAGAACUAGUGAUCACUAAAGUUGAGGAUUUGAGGGAUGAAAUGCCAUUGGAUGAGAUGGAUAGACCAGAUUAUGCUGAAGCAGAGACAGCCAAAGAUGUAAAAAACAGGAACAUGGAAUCAUCUUCUGGAACGCAAACACAAUCGAUGUUUAAACUUGGCACAAAUCCUAAUGUUGUCCCACCCUCUGACGUUCUACCUGUGAAGAUCAAAGAUGAACCAAUGGAUGAGGAAUAUAAGAGAGAACUGCAGACCCCAAUGGGAAACAUUCAGGAUGAUGAGGAGUUUAACCAGACACCUGAUGAGAUCAAGAUCCGUGCAGGGUUCUCUAUUGGAGGAGCUCCAAUAGCCACCUCCACAAAGGCACCAGCAGUCCAUGAAGAAUCUGUUCCUGGUGUGGCCCCUUUGAAGGCAGGUGGGUUGGUCUGCACUGGCUGUAAUAAGGUCAUGCUGAAAGGACAGACAGCUUUCCAGUGUAGUGGCUCUGCUAAACUCUUCUGCUCACCUCAAUGCCUCUGCAGCACCUCUACCAUGGUGGUCAAGAAGAAAACCUGUCACUACUGUCUCAAAGAGAUUCUUGAUAUGAAGGGUGUGCUCAAUGUGGACAUGGCAGGGACUUUAAAGCAAUUCUGCAGUCAAAAAUGCCUUGGUGAUUUCAACUUUAAAUGCAGGAUGUGUCAGAAGACUUGUGUGACUCAUAGUCAUGAAGUGAACGUGAUGGGCACGGUCCAUAAGCUGUGCAGUGAUGACUGUUUCAACCAGUUCCGCUCCUCCAAUAAGCUGACCAUGAACUGCUGCAUGAACUGCAGUGGGUACUGCAAUAGUACAGAUGGUCAGUGUCCCACUCUGCAGAUAGAGGAUAGUGUUACGAAGUUCUGCAGCCAAAACUGCCUCAAAGCCCACAAAAAGAAGAAUCUGAAACCUGUUACCUGCAAAAUGUGUCGUGCCGUGCGCCUGGCCGCAGAUAUGGUGGACAGUCCAAAUUCGGAGGGCAUCAGAGAGCUUUUCUGCUCCCAUUCUUGUGCCACGGCCAGUAAAAGCCAGACUGCCAACUCCUCCGGCAAACAAGGUGCUCCAGUGGAAUGUAACAACUGCAAGCAGAAGCUUGUGCCUCAGUACCAUCUAGCCAUGUUUGAUGGAACUGUUCAGAACUUCUGCUCCUUGUCCUGUGUAGUGGAAUAUCAGGAAUCCCUCAAUAAGAAAAAACCAAAAAAAGAGGCAAAAACUGUAACCUCUACGAGCAAGAGCAUAUCUACACCAAAAUCUGUUGCCCCCCAAACAACUGCUGCCUCCAAAUUGGCUCUUCCAGAGUCCAGCUUAUCAACCAAGACUACCACUCCCAGUGGUCAAGGGCAAACGGUCACCAAGCUCCCCUGCUGUCAAUGUCUGCAAUCGUUCUUCCACAAGCCAGAACUAUUGGAGUUCCAGAGAAAAAUGUAUGUCUUCUGUGGUGACACUUGUGUUGUGGAGUUCAGAAGGAUUAACAAAGUCAAAGCUCUCUGUGAAUACUGCAAGGUCACUAAAGUUGUGAAAAUGAUGAAAAGGAUAAACUACACUGACUUGUAUUUUUGCGAAGAGAAAUGCAACUUACUGUAUGAGCAGAACUUGACCAAGCGCUGGGGGAAGAAACAUUGUCGCAGCUGCCUCUACUGUAACGGCAGCUCUAAAACUCUAGUGACUGGUCUCUUCAAUAACAAGCUGGAGGAGUUUUGUGGGAAAGAAUGCUUGACAAAGUACACUGCAUUGACCCGUCAGGAAGUAAAGUGUGGAAUGUGCAGGCAAGCCAAGAAGUUGACCGAGUCUGUGAAAUGGCUGGAUGAAAUUAAGCAUUUCUGCAGCUUGAGGUGCCUCAUGUUCUUCUGCAGUCUGCAGGGCAUCACUGGAGCAGUCAUCAAAGCUGCUGGCAAAUCUCUGCCUACACAGGGCGCCACUCCAUCGUCCUCUGCCGUCCCCCAAGUUACUAAAGAGGACACACCAGUCAUUGCCAAAGUUGUAUCACUCUCAAGUGCAUCCAGUGGACAGCCAGGUGGCUUGGCAAAGACAGAUCUGAAAGGCUCCGUUCCAUCUGUUACUGUAGAAGUUACAGAAGAAGGAGAUGACAGUAGACCAAAGCGCAUUGGGAAAGAUCCCCAAGUCCUAAAGAACAAGGCCUCAAAUAAAUCCAACAGCAAAAGCAAGAACAAAGCCACGACCUGCAAACCCAACACCUGUGAUGCUGAGAUACAAAUAGAUAAGACACCUAAAGUGAUCGUACUGCCUGUGCCAGUGCCAGUCUAUGUACCACUUCCAAUGCAUCUCUACUCGCAAUACAUUCCAAAGUCUGUGGGGAUACCACUUCCGGUACCAGUGCCCUUGUUCUUCCCCACUACACUAGACAGUGCUGAGCGCAUUGUUGAGACAAUUCAGGAAAUCAAAGAGAAGAUCCCUGAUGACCCGCUAGAGGCCGACCUCAUAUUGAUGGCUGAGAUGGUGGCUGAGGAUGCAGAGAAGGAGAAAACAGUCACUUCAAUUGAUCAGACUUGUAAAUUGAAAGAGGACCUUGAAUUGCAAGACAUAUCCAGCAAUCAAAGCUGGAAGGAGGACUCAAUCUUCUCUGCCCAGACAUGCAAUCACGAUCAAACCCCAAAGCUUGGGAAGCCUCUUACAUCCAAAUCUACCACACUAACCCCCAUCUCCACCCCAGCAGAAGAGCCACAGAUUUACCAGAAGGCUGAUAUCCCAGUUGCAUCACAGGAGCUGCAGAAAAUUGUCAAGCAGAGAGCUAUCAAGAGAGGCCAUGACAGCAUCCGUGAAAAGCGGCGGUGUGCAGAAACAGUGGCAGCUACAUCAGCUUCAGAUACCCUCACUCACCUCUCCAAACUACAACAUGAGUAUGGUGUCAGUGCCUGGAAGGACUGGGUACGUUGGAGAAACACCCAACCGAAGUUGGAGACUCCUAAAUGUGGUUCACGAAGCAUGACACUCAAGGAGGACUUGUUGAAUUGUAGCCCUGCUGAGCUCAGCUAUGGCCUCUCAAAGUUCAUCUCUGAGGUUCGGCGACCCAAUGGAGAGAAAUACAGUCCUGAUAGCAUCUUUUAUCUCUGCUUGAGCAUCCAACAGCAUCUGUUUGAAAAUAAUCGGAUGGAGAACAUUUUUGUAGACAACUUGUACAGUAAAUUCUGCCAGGAUAUGACCAAUAAACUCAAGGGGUGGAAACCAGCUCUUUGGCCCAGUGGUAAUGUUCAUUCUCGUGUGGAGGAGAAGUACUUGUGGGACUGUAAGCAGCUGGGGGCAUUCUCACCCAGCGUCCUGCUCAACACGCUGAUUUAUUUCUUCACCAAGUUCUUCAACUUCAAGACAGCGGAACAGCACCGGCGCCUUUGUUUCGGCAAUGUGAAACGCUACUCUGUUCAUAAAGUGUCCUAUUUACGUUUCUACCCCCCUGUAGAGGACACAGAUACUGAUACUGUCCCUGCAAAGAAGAGGAAGAAGGAAGAUGACAAGAAAAGGGUGCUAAAGAUUAAAGAGAAUACUAAGAACCCUCUCCGCUGUCCCAUCAGGUUGUUUGAGUUUUAUCUAUCUAAAUGCUCACCCAGCGUGAGACAACACGAGCACCUGUUCUACCUGAGCCCUGAACGCUCCUGCGUGCCGAGCAGCCCCAUGUGGUUCUCAACCACCUCGUUGAGUGACGAGGCUCUGGACAGCAUGCUCACACGCAUCCUUACAGUCAGAGAGCUGCAUGCGGAGGAAGACAAAUCCCCUAAUGAGAACGAUUCAGAUAGUGACUCGGACUGAGCCACGGUGCACAUUAAAAUGACUGUAAAAUAAUGGACGUGUCUCACAAUCAUCCUGUAGAAAUUUUUCCUCUAUUAAAUACCACAUCUGUGAGAGAAUCAAUGUUCCACCUUUUUAGAAAUUAACUGUUAAAAAUAGAAAGCAAGUCUUUGUUAUAUAUUUUUUUCUAUAUUCAAUCUUGUUGUUACAAGUGACAAGUCUGUAUCUUUUUUUUUUAAGUGGUGGGAGAAUGAGCAAUGUGAAUUAGAAAAUGUGGAGAUUUCAAGAAAAGAUUUUGAAAGGUGCAUGAGAUGGUAUGUGCUAGGAGACCAUAACGCUAUACUUUGAUCUUUACUGACAUUGAGUCUCCUUUGUAUUAUACUGAUAAACAAAAGUCUUUGGCAGUAUCUUUUGAAAAACAGAUUUUAAAGCUGAAGAAUGUAAUUUUUGGGUGUUAAAAUACUUUCUCCUGUCCCACCGUAAUAAGCAGACAUCUAUAUGUGAACCAUUUGUAGGCUAGUUUUGUAACGCUGUAGUACUAUAAAAAUGUCUCAUUGUUUUGAGUGACUUGUCCAGCUUGACACAAGUUAGGAGCGGGACUAUCUGUUUGUUCGAUCAACAGAUGUCGGGGUCACAUUUGUAAAGUCUGUUUGAAAACAAUGAAUGCGUUUACAUGCACUUUCUUACACCGAUUAUGCUUAAUAAGCCGACAACGUAUGCGGUCAUGAAAACACAAACCGCAUUCCUUUAUAAAGGCCAUAAAUGGCUUAUGAAUGGACUGGUUGAUGCAGAGUUUUGACUAUUACGCAGAUUUCGAUGGCCUGGCACUCGUUAGCGUUUCUCAGCGGGAUGUGUUAAUCAUAUGACCAUUGGGACUCCCUGAUGAGUUAAUGGCUUGAAACACUGAAAAUACACUUCCAGCUUGCUUGAAAUUACCACUGGCUGUGAGUGGGGCAUGAAUAUGUCAUCAAUGAGGGCAGUUCAUGACUGAAAAGUCAAUGGACAUUGAUUGUCACCACAUUUUGAUAAUGAACUGUCUAUUUAAUCAUUCUAUAUAGUUGUGCAACAAGUUAACAGAUUUUAGCUGGUCAUUAUCGCAAAAUAACCCAUCCAACUUUGCAGUGCAUUAUGCUUUCCUUUACCCAUCUGUUAAUAAUGAUUUACAUUAGCAUGUAAAUGAAAGCAACUGUUGCGUUCUUACCUCAAUUCCCACUGAAGAACUGCCAAGGCAUAUUGUCUGCAUAAGUGUGGUCUUGUCCAAAACUUUAGGUGCUUACUAUUCUUUCUAUGUCUAGCCAGAAAUCAUUAAAAAAAAAAUGCUACUGCAAAACACUUUGCUUUUCAUGUUUAUCUGUGUAUUCACGUUUCGCACAGAAGCGGUGCUCUUGCUCUUAUUUUGGCAAGCUUCAGGUUGAUAGGCUGUGAAAAAGGGGCAUGACAGUGAAGCGUAGAGAAAAGUAAAAGGCAGUGGUAAAGUAUGACACCUCCCCUCUGUUUUUAACCUGUAAAUGUGGCAGGCUCUCUGACUAGGUGGGAAAGCUCCAUAACAACAGUUCCUAAGUGUGGCAGCCUCCACCUAAAUCGAGUCUGAGUCUGCUAGUGUGGAGCUAUCUUUAUUGGCUAAUCAAAUGUACGCAAGUGUUGAGCGCAUGCUUCGCGUUUUGAGGUCAUAAUUAGAGAAUAACACGAUUAUUUCAAAUCUCAUGUAAACUUGGAUUUCUUACCUUGUCAGAUUUUUUUAAAUAAGCUAAUUGUAGAGAGUAAUCAGCGUAUUGGUGUGCAUGUAAAUGGGCUCAACGUCAAGUCAUUUUUGUAAGUAUAGCGCUCUUCUUAAAACACAUUUCAGAGCAGCUUUACAGAAAAUCAUGCUACAAUGUCUGAAAGUCCCUAUUGAGCAGUUUCAUUGAAAUUUUUAUUUUUGCAAUUCUUUUCAGUUGGUAUUAGGUGGUGCCGAAAUUACACACUUCAGCUUUAACAGUUGGUGUUUGUUCAUUUGGAGUGACACAUUUGAGCAUUGAGUGUUUUUGUUAUUCAUUAGCAACCAUGCUAGUUAGAUGGAAUGUCUCUUGUUUCUGAAAUGAUUUUCUGUUAAUAACUUUAAAUAGCUUUUUAUGGAUAAAAAAAACAAGAAUGAACCUGUCAGUCUUUCAUUUUAUUAUUUCAAAAUAUGCUUUUUAUGAAAUUUUCAAGCACUAUAGUUGAUGCAUAAAUGUUUAUUUUGCAUUGCAAUGCUUUGCAUACUCACUAAUUGAUUGUGUGAAGUCCAAUCUCAUUUUAAAAUGCAUACAGCAAUUAUUGGGACUGAGCAUGAUUGGUUUGCCAUGUAAAAGAAAAAGUAUGUGAACCCUUUGGCAUUACCUACAUUUAUGUAUAAAUUUGUCUUAA